AUGCCUAGUAGUAAGCCAACUCCAUCUCUACCAGCAACUCCAUCUCCAGCCAGUCCAAGCCCAACUGCUUCUCCUAUUCAUACUCCAACCGAAACUGAAUGUCCAAUUGAACAGCAAAUGAACACUGAUCCUACAAUUCAAUUGGUUAGUCCCACUGAUUGUCCAAGUCCCACCGAUUCUCCUUUCCAAAUGCCAAUCAACACUGAUUUGCCAUGUGAAACUGAAUCUCUUAUUAAACUGACCAUCGAAACGGGAAAUACUGAACAAGCAGCAAUUAAGAAUGAUGCUCCUACCCUACCACAAAUCCAAAAGGGAAGUACUGAUAUGCCAAGUCCAACAAUAGAAUUUAGAGAAGAAACUGAUGCACAACGAAGGGGAGGAAUUGCUCGAAGAGUACAUCUCAGGAAUGACAGGAAAAGGAAAAUAGUUAAAACUCCAUUCAUAGCAGGUGAUAGGAAGAAGAAGAAAGCUCAGUUGGCUAAUGAUGAAGUUGAAAAUGUUAGUAAAAAGGAAACAUCAAUCACUGGAAGAAAACCAGUCACUCGUGCUUCAACAAGACUAAAAGAAAAGUUAACUGAUACUAAUAAAGCUUCUACGCCUAAAAACGUUGCUCCUUCAGCUGCUGUUAUUUCUGAUGCUGCUCCAAUCGCUGAAAAACCAAAAACUGCAAUUUAUGAUGACGAUGAUUCCAAAACUAUAGAACGUCCGGCCAUGGCAUUUUUGGAAUACCCAGGAUGA